AUGAGUUAUGAUGAUAUUACUAUAGUUGCUAGAAGUAGCAACAAAGGCGGUAUUGGAGAUACACUAGAAGCGAGAAAAGCAUUGCUAUGUGGUCUUUUUGCCAACAUUAAAUAUAAGACUCUUUGUAUUCUUCAAGAAUUUCUGGACAAUCACUUAUAUGUGGUAGUCCCCUAUCCUACAGUGUCUACAGAAAGCGAACUUGACGUCAAAGAUACUGCUAAUUUAUGGGUGAACAAAUCCUGUGUGGUCUUGCAAGAUGCCACCAAUGUCGUCAUCUCAUCAAAGUGUAAUUAUACUGACAAGACUACUGAAAUUUGUUGUAUCCUCCUGCAACCAUUCGGGUCAGUUCAAAAGCAUGCUAAAGAUUUGCCACUAUUAGUACAAGCACCUCUUGCACGCAAAUUACUAGUAGUGGCAAAUAAAGAGGUCAAAUAUCCUGAACUUGAAGAUUUUAUUUUUACAUGUGAAACAGAAAAACAAAGUGAUAUAGCAAUACAUAUCUCCAGCAUACUUAAUAGCAACAUUCAACGAAGGUUUAAAAACAGUAUGUCAGAAGAUAUAAUGCAUAUGCCACUAGGUCUUCUAAUAACAAGCGUCUUUGAAAGCUUCAAGGAAUAUCUUGGUAAAGACCUGCUGAUCAAUCUUGAUCGGAAUAAGUCUGAUUCAGGAUCAAACAACAAAGGGAUACGAGACGCUCUUCUCCUUAAAGGAGAAGAAAAAGCCAACAUGGACCAGUUCGAUGUUGCAGCAAGCGAACUCAUCAGCAAAUUUAAUGUAAUCGAUCCGCAAAAAUUCGGAGACAUUAAGUUUAUGAUGGGUUAUGCAGCAGCAGGUCCAUUGGUACAAUUUUAUUCUAUCGAUGGGUCAUCGAAAAAGCUAAUUCCAUUGUCAGAUCAGCUCAAUAGUAAGUUGAUUCAAGAUCGAAUUAGCCUCAUUCGCAUGACCAUCAACAUUGCAAGGGUAAUAAUAGCCAUAAAGGAUAUUAUUCCUGUUG